AUGAAUCUCAAACUUAGCACUAUGUGGAAGUUAAAGGGGGACUUUGACCUCUUGGAUGUGGAUAAUGGGUUUUUUCUGGUCAAGUUUGGCCUUGAAGAAGACAAGAAAAAGGUCAUGGACGGUGGGUCGUGGAUGAUUUUCGACCACUACUUGGCGGUUGCUAUGUGGAGCGGGGAAUUUAUAUGUUCUGCGGUGAAGGUUACCUCCACGUUAGCUUGGAUUCGCAUCCCUGGUUUGAAUGUUACCCUCUAUAAUGAGAGCUUCCUCCUAUCUCUGGCCAAGCUGAUAGGAAAGCCCACUAAGGUGGAUCGAAACACCCUCAAUGUUGAACGAGGCAAGUUUUCUCGGGUCUGUGUGGAAAUUUACUUGACUCAACCGGUGGUGGGAAAGUUAUGGUUUGAAGGAUAUUGGUAUAAAGUGGAAUAUAAAGGGUUACAGAUCAUCUGCCCUAAAUGUAGUUGCUACGACCAUAGGGGGAGGGAGUGUACAGUAGCUCUAGUUACAUCGGAGCCGUCGCAAGAGCCAGAGCUAGUGUCGGCGCCGACACAGAUAGUAACACUGUCUCCAUCCCCCAACGAAACCCUAGUACCAUCUCAGCAGUAG